AAACUUUAAAACCCCAAAAUAAAUACACAGCAAACAUCUUGAUUCCUGUUGAACACAUUCUCUCUUCUUAUUCUUCUUCUACCAUUUUUCACUCUCGCCUCUCCCUUCGCGCCUCACUAAAGUCUUCACCGUCCGAUGUGCGUACUUUGACCGCCGCCCAAAUCCGAAUCCCUAAGCUCAACCGAUGGGGCAUUGCUGCAGCAAAAGCGCCGCCGUUUCGGUGGCCAACAACAACCACGACCACCCGACCCCCGCCUCCGCCGUCGCCGUCCAGCAGUCUAAACAGCCGCCGGUGCUGACGAGCCCGGUCGCCGGCGAUGUGAAGAACACUCCGUCUCACUCAUUUACGGCGAGUCCGUUCCCGAGCCCGCUCCCGGCCGGAGUGGCGCCGUCGCCGGCGAGGACGCCAGGGAGGAAGUUCAGGUGGCCGCUGCCGCCUCCGUCGCCGGCGAAGCCGAUCAUGGCCGCGUUUCGGCGGCGGAGGGAGGCGAAGCCGAAGGACGGGCCGAUACCGGAGGAGAAUAAUCACCAGGGCGGCGAAGAAGAAGGAGAGAGGGGGCUGGACAAGAGCUUUGGGUAUGGGAAGAACUUUGGGGCGAAAUUUGAAUUGGGGAAGGAGGUGGGCCGAGGGCAUUUUGGUCAUACUUGCUCGGCUAAGGGAAAGAAGGGAGAGCUUAAGGGUCAGCCUGUGGCUGUCAAGAUCAUAUCCAAAGCAAAGAUGACAACAGCAAUAGCUAUUGAAGAUGUCCGUAGAGAGGUGAAAAUACUGAAAGCAUUAUCUGGACAUAAGAAUCUGGUCAAAUUUUAUGAUGCAUUUGAGGAUGCCAAUAAUGUCUACAUAGUCAUGGAGUUGUGUGAAGGUGGAGAACUACUGGAUAAAAUUUUGUCCAGGGGUGGAAGAUACACAGAAGAAGAUGCUAAAGUUAUUGUUGUGCAAAUUUUAAGUGUUGUUGCCUACUGUCAUCUUCAAGGUGUUGUGCAUCGUGAUCUAAAGCCAGAGAAUUUUCUUUUUGCCACUAGAGAAGAGGAUGCUUCAAUGAGGGUUAUUGAUUUUGGUCUCUCCGAUUUUAUUAGGCCUGAUCAGCGCCUCAACGAUAUUGUUGGUAGUGCAUACUAUGUUGCACCUGAAGUGCUACAUAGAUCCUACAGUGUUGAAGCAGAUAUGUGGAGCAUAGGUGUAAUAACAUAUAUAUUGCUAUGUGGAAGUAGACCUUUCUGGGCACGAACUGAAUCAGGAAUCUUCCGCUCGGUGCUAAGAGCUGAUCCUAACUUUAAUGAUACACCUUGGCCCACAGUGUCCCCAGAAGCCAAAGAUUUUGUCAAGAGGCUUCUGAACAAGGAUCACAGAAAAAGAAUGACUGCUGCUCAAGCUUUAACCCACCCAUGGCUAAGGGAUGAAAGACGAGCUGUGUCUUUAGAUUUAGUAAUCUACAAGUUGGUUAGGUCAUAUGUUCGUGCCACACCUUUCAGGCGUGCAGCAAUGAAGGCUCUUUCCAAGGCUAUAACAGAAGAUGAGCUCUACUAUCUUAGGGCUCAGUUUACACUCUUGGAACCCAAACAUGGAUACGUGUCCCUCGAUAAUUUCAGAACGGCUCUCAUGAAAAAUUCAACUGAUGCCAUGAAGGAGUCGAGGGUUCAUGACAUCUUAAAUGUGAUGGAGCCACUCGCGCACAAGAAAUUGGACUUUGAAGAGUUCUGCGUUGCCGCAAUAAGUACAUAUCAGCUAGAAGCUCUUGAAGGGUGGGAGAAGAUUGCAAGUACAGCUUUUGAGUGUUUUGAAAGGGAAGGAAACCGGGUCAUCUCUGUUGAGGAGUUGGCACAGGAAAUGAAUCUGGGUCCUACAUCUUACUCUCUACUCAGAGACUGGAUCAGAACCUCCGACCGAAAACUUAGCUUCCUUGGAUACACCAAAUUUUUGCAUGGUGUGACAAUACGGACUUCCAAUACCAGACACCGAUGAAGGUAAUUGGGGAUAUAGAAAUUUUUCACAAAUAUUUUUUUCUCAAAACUUUAUCCCUUUGGAGAGUAAGGUGAAAGUUGAGUGUCUUUAGAGGUUGAGAUUGAAGUAAUAGGGGUCCAUUCCAUUAAUUUGUGUGAUUGUAUGUAAAAGAACUGUUCAAGACCCUUGGUCGUAUAUCAAGAUCUUUGUAAAAAAUAAUGUGUAUACUGUUGUACAAGUGUUCGAAUUGUUGAGAUACAAAUCAAGAAAAGCCUUCACAUUUAGGUAUCGAAUUGUUUGCCA